AUGCAUCCACCUGCCUACUACCAGCGUGCUCAGGGAGAUGUCCCAUCUGCCGUUCGCAAUCUCCUGCUAUCCAUGAAGCAAUUGCAGGACAUUUUAAAAUACUGGAGCGUAGGUCAGGCGACCGAAGCCCAGGUCAGCGACGUAUACGUCCAAAUCGGGACCGAUUUCAAUGCUACAGUGAACGCAUUCACAUAUCACAAAAUAGAUCUCAGUGAUUUACACUCGAUACCCAAAGACCUACGCGCAGUUCUGGAACAAUGUCUCGGGGAAGACCCUUCCCCACAAAUCCUCGCUGUGUUCAUGCCUCAGGUUCGCCAAGUACUACAUAGGCUUCUGCGGGGACUCCAAUCGCGACAAGAUGCCUGGCGGGCAGUAGGAGGACAAAUGCCAAUGAUUCCAUUUGACCCUCGGUGA